AUGAUUUCUUUACCGAAAAGUCACCUAGUUCAGGCUGCUACAAAGGUUGUAGCCAGAAGCAGCCCAGGCUCCGUGAGCCUGCCAGCCUCACCUGUUCCCGCGUCCAAAGUCGUUGUGGAGCAGCCACUGAAAAGGUUGACUAGCUAUUCUUUGUUUCAGCGGAUACCGACUUUCGGAUAUGCGUCGACCAGUGCUACGGUGUCUUUGGUUGGGCCUAGUGGUCCAACUCAGGUCCGUUUCGCCCACACAGAUUUAAAGGUGCCAGAUUUUUCAGACUACAGACGUGAACAAGUCAAGAGCCCAAAUGUCAGUGCUGCAGCUUCAGAUAGUCAGCGUAAAUUGACAUCUUACUUGAUCGUCGGAGGUGGUGCCGUAGCAGCCGUGUAUGCUGCCAAAGCGGUCGUUCGAUUGGCUGUCGGUAACCUGAGUCCUGCUGCCGAUGUUGUAGCUCUGUCGAAGAUUGAGGUCAAACUUUCUGACAUCCCAGAAGGUCGUAAUGUCACCAUGAAGUGGAGAGGCAAGCCAUUGUUUGUUCGGCACAGGACAGAUGAGGAAAUUGCUACAGAGGCUGCAGUCGACUUAUCUCAGCUGAGGGAUCCACAGCCAGAUUCUGAUAGGGCUAAGAAUCCUAAAUUCCUUAUCCUCGUUGGAGUUUGUACUCAUUUAGGCUGUGUCCCCAUCGCCAAUGCCGGUGAUUAUGGCGGCUACUACUGCCCAUGCCACGGAUCUCACUACGAUGGAUCUGGAAGAAUCAGAAAAGGACCCGCUCCUCUCAACCUUGAAGUCCCCCCAUAUGAGUUCUUAGAUGAGAACAUCGUAGUCGUGGGGUGA